AUGUCUCUGCCGCGGUUCGCGGCGAUGCGCCAGGUGCGCCUGCUGCGCCCCAAGGCGCCUGCUGUGCGGCAACCUGUUGUGACUGCCUGUGCAGUGCCAAAGGUGGCCGUGCCGCACGUUAGCGCGCGUAUGCGCGCGAUGCCGGCGAUGCGUGCCUCGCCGAUCCUCGCCAUGGCUCGGCUCUCCCUCACGAAUAUGCGCAGCGUGCCGGCUGUCUCGCUUGGCGGCGUGCGGUACGCGACAUACGGCUCAGAGUACCAGCCGUCGCAGCGCAAGCGCAAGCGCAAGCACGGAUUCCUCGCGCGCCUGCGGUCGCGCACCGGCAAGAAGGUGCUCGUGCGACGCCGCCUGAAAGGACGUGCGCGUGUCUCGCACUAG